AUGCUUAUUGUUUUGUUUGCAGCACUUGUUCUGAAAGCCUCAAAAGCUCAGGACGAUGUAUCACGAUUCAGUUGCUAUCAUACACGUGAUUUGAACUUCAACCCGGACACCGCAACGGUUCACCCGAACUGCCAAAACUGUGUGCUUGAAGAAACGUUUAGUGACGGCAGGCUGAUUGCAGUGAACCGCUUGUGUGUGGGUAAAACCUGUCACUCAUUUCAACAUGUUUACAAUGGUAAUGGACAAAAUCGGUAUUGCUGUACUAGUCAACUGUGCAAUGUGGACAAAGAAACGGACACCUCUAUCAAUUUUCCGGAGGUAAGCGAUCGCAAUGACGGAAGGCGGGAAAUCACCUGUUUUCAGUCGCAUGACUUGGACUUCAACAGUGCUACCGCAAGAAAGCGCUCAAACUGCGGACAUUGUGUGUAUCAGGAGACCCUGAUGGGACAUGAUGUGGUUGCAGUCACGCGUCAGUGUGUUGGACAAGAAUGCAAUCCGUACGAAGACGUCGUCGAUGGCUACGGAAAGAACCGUUUUUGUUGUACUACCGACCUGUGCAACGAGUCAAAGGAGAGAGGCAAGUUUUCAAACGGCCCAAAUCCCAUUU